CCUCAUGCGACAACCGUAGAGAGAAGCCCGCGCGGGGUCCUAACAGCACAGUUCUCCUGGGAGAUCGGAUCGGAUUCGGCUCCGCCCUUUCCCGGAAGCCGCUCACUCUCUGGAUGCCGCUCGGAGGAGUCGUCCAGCCCCUCCCAAUUGCAGGAGUUUUUAGAGCAAGGCAUCACCAUGACUGAGAAUGAUGUUGACAAUGAGCUGUUGGAUUAUGAGGACGAUGAGGUGGAAAACCAGGCAGCUGGAGAAGGGGUGGAUGUCCCAUCCAAGAAAGACGUCAAGGGAUCCUACGUCUCCAUCCACAGUUCUGGCUUCCGUGAUUUCCUGUUAAAACCAGAGCUGCUGCGUGCCAUUGUUGACUGUGGCUUUGAGCACCCCUCAGAAGUGCAACACGAGUGUAUCCCGCAAGCCAUCCUGGGCAUGGACGUCCUGUGUCAGGCCAAAUCUGGCAUGGGUAAAACUGCCGUCUUUGUUCUUGCUACACUACAGCAGUUGGAGCCAGUCACAGGACAGGUGUCAGUACUGGUGAUGUGUCACACCCGUGAGUUGGCCUUCCAGAUCAGCAAAGAGUAUGAGCGUUUCUCCAAGUACAUGCCCAGCGUCAAGGUGGCAGUGUUCUUUGGGGGCCUGUCUAUCAAGAAGGAUGAGGAGGUGCUGAAGAAGAACUGCCCCCACAUUGUGGUGGGCACCCCAGGCCGCAUCCUGGCCUUGGCCCGCAACAAGAGCCUCAACCUCAAGCACAUCAAACACUUCAUCCUGGACGAAUGUGACAAGAUGCUUGAGCAGCUUGAUAUGCGCCGGGAUGUCCAGGAGAUCUUCCGCAUGACCCCUCAUGAAAAGCAGGUCAUGAUGUUUAGUGCCACUCUCAGCAAGGAAAUCCGCCCUGUGUGCCGCAAAUUCAUGCAAGACCCCAUGGAGAUCUUCGUGGAUGACGAGACCAAGCUGACGCUGCAUGGUCUGCAGCAGUACUAUGUCAAACUGAAAGACAACGAGAAGAACCGCAAGCUCUUUGAUCUGCUCGAUGUGCUGGAGUUCAACCAGGUGGUGAUCUUCGUCAAGUCUGUGCAGCGCUGCAUAGCAUUGGCUCAGCUGCUGGUGGAACAGAAUUUCCCAGCUAUUGCCAUACACAGGGGCAUGCCCCAGGAAGAGAGGUUGUCCCGGUACCAACAAUUCAAGGAUUUCCAGCGCCGUAUCUUGGUGGCCACCAAUCUCUUUGGUCGUGGCAUGGACAUUGAGCGGGUCAACAUUGCCUUCAACUAUGAUAUGCCAGAGGAUUCAGACACCUACCUGCACCGGGUGGCUCGUGCUGGGCGCUUUGGCACAAAAGGCCUGGCCAUCACUUUUGUUUCGGAUGAGAAUGAUGCAAAGAUCCUGAAUGAAGUGCAGGACCGCUUCGAGGUGAACAUAAGUGAGCUGCCUGAUGAGAUCGACAUCUCCUCCUACAUUGAACAGACUCGAUAAAGGGGGGCCUCGCCUGUCUACAUCAACCUUGGUUUUACUUCCUGACCUCCUCCGCUUCCCUGAAACUUCACGUUUAAUUUCACUUGAUGGAGAAUUAGGUGGCUGACAGUCUGGAGCACACACAUGCACCCCAAUCUCGUAGCAUGGAUGGAUGAGCUGCUAUUGGUCAGCUGUGGGUAGUGGAGGUGGGGUGGACAUCCAACAGGCUCCCUGCACUCUCGGAAGUCCAAGAGAACUUUUGGGGCAAGAGUCACAUUGCUCAGCUGGCACUAAGAAGAGGAGGGUCCCACUGCUGGUGCCUCCAUAAGAGACCCACGUCCAGAUGGACUUCCACUGCCCACCAGCAACAUUUUGAGACUCCGCCUGUUGCAAUGACCCACUACAUCCUUAUGCCUGCACUACCCAGUGACCUGCCUCCAUGAUGGGAAGCACAAAGUGGGGGGAGGAGUUUGGUGGGGGUGCUUUGUUGAAUCCCUGGCAUUUAAAAUUACGUUUUGUUUUAUAGGAAAAAACCCUCUGGUGGAGGAGAAAAAACUAAAAAUAUGAACAUUCUUUUUUAUGCCCCUUCAUACUGUUUUAAAGACUGAUUUUGUUUCAUGUAUGUGUGCCCCAUCAUAUUUUUAAAAAUUGUUUGUCUGCAUGUUAACGUUAAUAUCUCCUGUUCCAGGUGGUAUAUUUUGGCAUAUAAACUAGUAGUGAAAGACCAGUAAUGUUUUAGCUGUGGCUUGUUCUCUCCCCACCUGAUGCUCCCUUUUAUUUUUUGGUAAUAAAGAAGCCCAGCUCUUAUGGGUGUCUAAUUAAACUAGUCUUGUGAGUAACCAUG